AUGGCGCUCGCGACGCGCGUCGGCGUCGCGGCGACGACGCCGCGCGCGCUCCGCGCGCCGCGCGCGUCGCCGCGGCGCGUCGACGCGCGGGCGGCGCGGACGCGCGAAAGUGCCGUGCCGCGCGUCGUCGUCGUCGCGCGCGGCGCGAUCGGAACCCCCCGGAUCGCGCGCGGAGGAGUCGCGGCGAGGCGGCGCGACGGAGGACGCGCCGGCGCCGCGCGAAAGGGAGAGGAGGGGUCGAUCGCGGAGACGGCGGCGGCGCGGGCGGACGACGAGGACGAUCGCGCGCGGCGAGCGCGACCGACGACGACGACGACGACGACGACGACGACGGACACGGACUGGGAUUGGCUACCGAAGCUCGGGCUCGCGACUCUCGGCGGCGCGGGCGUCUUCGGCACCAACUUCCAGCUCGACGGCCCCGCGUCCACGCUCGAGGCGGUCGCGGUGCUCGCGUCCAUCAUCUUCGUGCACGAGUGCGGACACUUCUUCGCGGCGCGCCUCCAGGACAUUCACGUCUCGAAGUUUAGCAUCGGAUUCGGCCCCAACCUGCUGUCGUAUCAAGGUCCGGAGGUGGAAUACUCCCUGCGCGCGAUCCCGCUCGGCGGGUUCGUCGCGUUCCCGGACGACGAUCCGGACUGCCCGUUCCCGGAGGACGACCCAGACUUGCUGAGGAACCGACCGAUGAAAGACAGGGCCAUCGUGGUGUCCGCGGGCGUUCUCGCCAACGUCGCCUUCGCGCUCGCCAUUCUCACGACGCAGGUCAACACCGUCGGGUUCAGCGUGCAAGACUACAAGCCCGGGGUUAAGGUGUCGCAGCUGCUGAGCACGUCCGCGGCGAGAGAGUACGGCGUCCGCGUCGGCGACGUCAUCACCGCGGUCAACGGCGAGGUCCUCCCCGCGGACGGGAAGAGCGUCAACGUCGUCGUCGACCGCGUGCGCGCGUCGGGCGCGUCCGUCGUCCGCUUCGACGUCUUGCGGCGCGCGGAGAACGCGGGCGCCGCGGGCGGCGCCGCGACUGGCGAGAUGCGAGCGAUGACGAUCGACGUGACGCCGAACACGUCCCCGACCGGGGAAGGACGUAUCGGCGUGCAGCUCGAGGCGAACGCGACGAUCGAGAAGCGGAUCGCGAAGAACGCGGGAGAGGGACUCGCGCUCGCGUCGAAGGAGUUCGCGCGGCUCACCACGCUCGUGAGCAAAUCUCUGUUUUCUCUCGUGUCCAACUUUAGCGCCGCGAAGGAGAACGUCUCCGGGCCGAUCGCGAUCGUCGGCGUCGGCGCGGAGGUGAUGCGGACGUCGGACCUGAGCGGGUUGUACCAGUUCGCGAGCGUGAUCAACAUCAACCUCGCGGUGGUGAACAUACUCCCGCUGCCGGCGUUGGACGGCGGGUUUUUAUUUUUGAUCGCGAUAGAGGCGCUCAGAGGGGGGAAGAAGCUGCCGACGAACGUGGAGCAGAGCAUCACCGCGUCGGGGGUGUUGCUGCUGUUGGGGUCCGGGAUGUUUCUCAUCCUGCGCGACACGCUGAACUUGUUCGAGAGCAUCAACAAGUGAGUUAGCACGUACUGUAGUAGAGGCGUUCAGACGACUUUUUUUGGU